ACCCAGGAAGACAGCAAAAGAGAGAGAGAGAGAGAAGGAGAAGAAGAAGAAGAAGAAGAAGAAGAAGAGCGAAUACUGCGGCAGAAAAAGAAAAGCAAUUCUUGCCGCCUCUUCCCCCACAGCGACGAUAUUCAAUCCUGCAGCCUCACCCCCUCCAACACAAUAUCUACGUUUCCAGAUGGACAAAUCGACCGACCUUAUUAUGGGAGGCGGGGGCGAAAGUUAAGCGUUAAAGCCGCCGCAGCGCUAUCGCGGGAGCGCUAUCGUGGAAGCGCGGAGAAGCCGCACGGCGCGACUGCCCCUUUAAGAGCAGACAGGCCGUCGCUGUCUUUGCAAUAUUUUUAUUUAUUUAUUUUAUUUUAUUUUACAGUAUUGCAGCGCUGUCAAAGCAUUUCUGUUUUCUUUUUUAGUUAUUAUUAUUGCUAUUAUUUUAUUCUGAUGUGCAAGCCGGUUCUGGAUCCGGGCGUGGGCAGCGUUAUUAGCGCGGCCAUUCCCACUGUAAUAUCGCCGGAGUGAUUAUAUGUAUAUAUUUGGGAGCUGUAAUUCAGUUAUUUUUUUUAUGUUUUGUGUUGCGGGGGCGGCGAAUUCUGUUCCAACUGGAUAUAUAAAUACAUAAAAAAUAAAAAGAAAAGAAAUCUGUUUUUUUUUGUUUGUUUUUUUUUUUUUUAUUUUUGUUUUUUUCUUUUUGGGAGAGCUUGCUGAGACAGCUAUAUUAAUAUAAAAUGUCGGAUAACGCUCCUGCAAGAAGCUUGGACGACAUCGACCUAGCGGCGUUGAGGGACCCUGCUGGUAUAUUUGAGCUGGUAGAGGUGGUUGGCAAUGGUACCUAUGGACAGGUGUACAAGGGCCGCCAUGUGAAGACGGGGCAGCUGGCUGCGAUCAAGGUGAUGGAUGUGACAGAGGAGGAAGAGGAGGAGAUCAAGCAGGAGAUCAACAUGCUGAAGAAGUACUCUCACCACCGGAACAUCGCCACCUACUACGGGGCCUUCGUCAAGAAGAGCCCCCCCGGCCACGACGACCAGCUCUGGUUGGUGAUGGAGUUCUGUGGUGCUGGUUCAGUCACUGACCUGGUGAAGAACACAAAGGGGAAUGCUCUGAAGGAGGACUGGAUUGCCUACAUCUGCCGAGAGAUCCUCCGGGGUCUGUCUCAUCUCCAUGCUCACAAGGUGAUCCAUCGGGACAUCAAGGGGCAGAACGUGCUUCUGUCUGAGAACGCAGAGGUCAAGCUGGUGGAUUUCGGGGUGAGUGCUCAGCUGGACCGCACCGUGGGGCGCAGGAACACCUUCAUCGGCACCCCCUACUGGAUGGCCCCGGAAGUGAUCGCCUGUGAUGAGAACCCUGACUCGACCUACGACUUCCGGAGUGAUAUCUGGUCUCUGGGGAUCACAGCGAUUGAAAUGGCCGAGGGAGCCCCUCCUCUGUGUGAUAUGCACCCAAUGAGAGCGCUCUUCCUCAUCCCACGAAACCCGCCUCCCAAACUCAAGUCCAAGAAAUGGUCGAAGAAGUUCAUUGAUUUCAUUGAGAGCUGUCUGAUAAAGAGCUACACAAGCCGCUCUUCCACGGAGCAGCUGCUGAAGCACGCCUUCAUCCGGGAGCAGCCCACUGAGAGGCAGGUCCGCAUCCAGCUGAAAGACCACAUCGACCGCACCCGCAAGAAGCGGGGCGAGAAGGAGGAGACAGAGUACGAGUACAGUGGCAGCGAGGAGGAGGAGGAGAGCCAUGGAGAGGAAGGGGAGCCCAGCUCGAUCCUGAACGUUCCCGGGGAGUCGACGCUGCGCCGGGAUUUCCUGAGGCUGCAGCAGGAGAAUAAGGAGCGCUCGGAGGCCCUGAAGAGGCAGCAGCAGCUGGGAGCCCAGAGACGAGACCCCGAGGAGCACAAGAGACAGCUCCUACACGACAGGCAGAAACGCAUCGAGGAGCAGAAAGAACAGCGCAGGAGACUGGAGGAACAACAACGCACAGAGCGGGAGCUGGCGAAGCAGCAGGAGAAGGGGCCACAGCAGAGGCGGCUUGAGGACAUCCGCCGGGAAGAGGAGCGGAGACUGGCAGACAGGGAGCAGGAGUUUAUAAGGCAUAAGUUAGAGGAGGAGCAGCGGCAGUUAGAGAUCCUUCAACAGCAGCUUCUGCAGGAGCAAGCCCUGCUCAUGGAGUACAAGCGAAAGCAGGUGGAGGAGCAGAGGCAGUCCGAGAGGCUGCAAAGGCAGCUGCAGCAGGAGCACGCCUACCUGGUCUCCCUUCAGCAGCAGCAGCACAAGCAGCAGCAGCAGCAAGACAAGAAACCCCAACUCUACCACUACAAGGUCCCUGAGCCCAGCAACAAGCCCGCCUGGGCCAGAGAGGUGGAGGAGCGCUCGAAGCUCAACAGGCAGGACUCUCCGUGCUCCAAGCCUAAGAUGGGCUCCACCGUGUCGGACCCCUCCCUGCAGUCGCGCGCCGAGACUGGCCAAUCAGGGGCCGCACAGGCAGCCCAGACUCCACCCAUGCAGCGCCCUGUGGAGCCACAAGGGGGCCAGAGCAAGUUCCAGAUGGCUCAUCUGGUCCCUCUCAAGCCCUACGCUGCCCCCGUCCCUCGCUCCCAGUCUCUCCAGGACCACCCCACUCGAAACCUGGCCGCCUUCCCCACUCAGGACCCCUCCACACCCUCCCCAACCCCCAGGGUGGCGGCAUGGGGCAGAGGCGCCUCUGUACGCACGAACUCUUGACCCUGGGGUGGGCUCCCCCCCGCCCCCCUGCCCCGGCCAAUCACUGACGAACAUGGCCCCUGGGUCAGGAUCCAGGAGGCGGAGCAACCCCCCAAGGUUCCCCAGAGAACGACCUCCAUCGCCACUGCCCUGAACAGCAAUGCUUUCACUGGUUUAUCACACUUUGCUGUGCUUUUACCAAGGACUCUCUGUUUCAGUAACCCCGAUCUGCGGAGGAACGAGGGAUGGGAGAGGGGGGACAGCCUGGCCUCUGUGUCUAACCUGCCCCAGACAGGCUCUCUGGAGCGCCAUCGUGUGGCUGUUCCCAGUAGGAUGGACAGUCCUCCGCUCCUCUCUCAGGACAGCAGGGUAAAGCCGGAAGAGUCACGCACUGCCUCCCGCCCCGGCAGACCUGCGAGCUAUAAAAGAGCAAUAGGCGAGGAUCGCGGGCUGUUCCCCAAAGAAAAGCCAGAGGACGGGCCACGCCCCCCAGCGAAGGUCAUGGACUACUCUUCAUCGAGCGAGGACUCGGGAGAGAGCAGCGAGGAAGAGGAGGAGGGGGAGGAGAGAGGAGGGGAGAGCCGAGAGGGGCUGUGCAGGGGGAGGGACGGUGACAGUGACAGUGUGAGCACCAUGGUGGUGCAUGAUGAGGAGGAGCCCCCCCUCGUCAAAACGAGCAGCGACUUCGGAGAGCAGACCCUCCUACUGCAGAGAACUCCCGAGGAGCAGCGCAGUCACAAUGGAUACACAAACCUGCCAGAUGUAGUACAACCUGGACACUCCCCGACCGACCCCAAGAAUCAGGGGGCGUCCCCAAGCAAGGAGGGGGGCUACGAUUACCAGUCCCGAGGUCUAGUCAAGGCUCCUGGAAAGGCCUCCUUCACCACCUUUGUUGAUCUGGGGAUGUACCAGUCACCAGGGGGCGCUAGGGAGGGCGUCUCAGUUGGGGGUUUCAUCGGGGGGGAGGCCUCACGCUUGGAGCAGCUGAAGUUUGAGGCGCGGAAGGGCUCCAUGGUGAACGUGAACCCCUCAAACACGAGACCCCACAGUGACACCCCAGAGAUACGCAAGUAUAAGAAGAGGUUCAACUCGGAGAUUCUGUGCGCAGCGCUGUGGGGGGUGAACCUGCUGGUCGGCACGGAGACCGGGCUGAAGCUCCUGGAUCGCAGCGGGCAGGGGAAGGUCUACUCCCUCAUCAACGGCCGACGCUUCCAGCAGAUGGAGGUCCUGGAGGGGCUAAACCUGCUGGUCACUAUAUCAGGUAAGAAGUAUAAGCUGCGAGUGUACUACCUGUCCUGGUUGAGGAAUAAGAUCCUUCACAAUGAUCCUGAGGUGGAGAAGAAGCAGGGCUGGACCACAGUGGGGGAGAUGGAGGGCUGUGUGCAUUACAAAGUGGUGAAGUACGAGAGAAUCAAGUUCCUGGUGAUUGCUCUGAAGAGCUCGGUGGAGGUCUACGCCUGGGCGCCCAAACCCUACCACAAGUUCAUGGCCUUCAAGUCGUUCGCUGACCUGCCACACCGCCCACAGCUCGUCGACCUGACGGUGGAGGAGGGUCAGAGGCUAAAGGUCAUCUACGGGUCGAGCGCGGGGUUCCACGCCAUUGACGUCGAUUCAGGGAACAAUUACGACAUCUACAUCCCCGUCCACAUUCAGAGCCAGGUCCUGCCCCACGCCAUCGUGUUCCUGCCCCUGUCUGACGGGAUGGAGAUGCUGCUGUGCUACGAGGACGAGGGCGUCUACGUGAACACCUAUGGGCGCAUCAUCAAGGACGUGGUGCUGCAGUGGGGAGAGAUGCCCACCUCCGUGGCGUAUAUCUGCUCCAAUCAGAUCAUGGGCUGGGGUGAGAAGGCGAUUGAGAUCCGCUCUGUGGAGACGGGGCACCUGGACGGGGUGUUCAUGCACAAGCGUGCUCAGAGACUCAAGUUCCUGUGUGAACGAAAUGACAAGGUGUUUUUCGCGUCUGUCCGAUCGGGAGGCAGCAGCCAAGUUUACUUCAUGACUCUGACCAGGAACUGCGUCAUGAACUGGUAAAGAAAGAAAAAGAAAGAAAGAAAGAGAGAAAAACGGGAACAGGGGAAAAAAACAAAUCUGAAAAUCCCAACACAAUAUGAAACAAAACCUGCUGAAAGAGAAAAAUGUAAUUAAAAAAAUUAAUGUUUAGAAACGCAGACGCGAGGUCGGAGAAAAAUUUGUGCCAAAACAUUUUUAUAUGUGCGUCUGGUAUUUUUGGGUUUCAUUUGACUCGCUUGCCCCGCUCCAGUGACGCAAGCAGACCGGCUGUCUGUCUCUGCCGUGUAAAAGCUCUCGGCUCCCCCUGGGUGAGUGAGCCGUGGCGCAAAACUGAAAAUUCCCGCGACGAUGCGAAGUGACUAUCCUCACAGGCCUUCUCCGACAGGCACCCCCUCGUUCAUAGACAUGACUCCAACGAGACAGAGAGGGCGUGUGAUCAGAGCCACUAUAAAACAUUGAACUACAGAGGGCUGCGCUCGGAUUCGCAAACGGUCCCAAAACGAACCUUUUUUUAAUAAGCGCCUCGUUAAUCCCCCCCUCCCCCCCCUUUCAGGAGUCAUGAAUUGAUUAGAAUCCUUAUCUGUACUGACGCUUUCUAAUGGAGGAAUGAGAUUUGAUGUUUAUUUUUCAGUUCCUAUAAAACUAGACAUUGUCGACAGACGGAUCAAUACAGCUCUGGACAAAAGUUUUAGCUUCACCUAGAAUUUUAGGAUUGAGAAAUUAUUUAAAAAAAAAAAAAAAAAAAAAAAAGCUAUAUGAACAUAAUUUAGAUUUAUUAUUUAUCAUGUUGUAAUCAAAGAAUUGACCAGAAGCCAUAAUAGCAGUACAGUAGUAAUUCAUGUUAAAUUUUGAAAUGUCAGUUUUUCAAUUUGUCGAAUCUGGGGAAAAACUACAAAGCAGUGUUUUGAUUCAGUGUGUUAAUGUAACAUUAUUCAGCAGCUUUCGUUCGACUUCAUGAUCAGAAAUUAGCUCAUUCUGCAGGAUGACGCAACACUUUUGACCAGAGACUGAGAGAGAGAAAGACGGAGACAGA